ACCUCACGGACCAUUCUUCGCAGCAUCCUCGAAAGAUCUGCGGAUCUUUUGGUGAGAGUAAAGUCAAGGUGGCAUUUAACGCCAUCUAUAGUCUAAACCAAACCUGAUAGAAAGAGAUGUAUGUAGAAAAGAGGAGAGGAGAGAAGAGCAAGAGACCAACGAACGCGCUCACCAUGUUGCACCAGUAUUGCGCGUAACGUCAUCGAGCGUGCUUCUGAUUCCUUCGAAGCUGCUGCAAUUCUAUGAUCAGAGCGAUCCGGAAUCGCCGGGCAUGCCGCCAAAAAAUAUAACAAAAAUAUGCGACUUUUUUAAACUAACCCUUCAAUAUUUUACAAAUUCUCGCCAGAAUAUAUUGGCGCAAUUGGAAUAAAAAAUAUCACGGAGGAAAUAUCUUUUUUUUUUUAUCCAUAGUUAUAUUGGUUGUAUUGGUGAUUCUUUUUUUAGGAAUUUUGAUAGAAAAGUUGACAAGUAGCGGUAAACUAGAACAAAUAAAUGAUUGCUUUAAAAAAAAAAUGACCGUGCGAUCCGAAGGAUCCUUGUGCAUAGCCAGUUUCAUAUUUCAUAAGAACAGUGAUUAAAUUUUAGUGGUUUGAAUGCAUAUUAAUCGUUUUUAAUUUUUGUUUCUUAACGUGAAAUUUUUGAAAUACAUACUCUGGAUUUUCUGUUUCUGUCAUCUCUGCACAUCGAUUGAUAGAGGCAACAAUCAAAGACAUGAAUUUCGAGAUCCUCGCGAUUAUCUUGAUGAUAAUCGUUUCAUCGGUAAAAGGUGGUGGAAACGGUGACAUCGAAGACCUGGACCCGGGAGUUCAAGAUUAUGGAACCGAUGAGGAAUAUAACGACGUUUUCGACGCCACUACAAAUGGUACCGAAGUCGACGCAACUACGAGUCCGCUGAAGGGUGGUACGUUAAAAUUUGUAAGAGCGUUAACGAACAUAACUCGAGAAGCUGGUGAGACGGUGAAUAUGAGAUGUGAAGUUGUCGGUGAUCCACCACCGAAAAAAAUUCGAUGGUAUAAAAAUGAAGCCCUGGUAGAAGAGGAGCCCGGAAGAGUAACCGUGCGUAAAAUCCACUCCCAGGCUCACGAACAUUCCGCUAAAAAUAUUGCAAGGAGUCGUUUAAAAAUUACUAGACUGGAGGUAAUGGACACCGGAUAUUAUUCCUGCAGAGCAAACAACGAUAUCGAUUUGAUACAGAGCGAGGGAAUUCUACAAGUGAAAACACUACGUUACGCUGGCCGUCCAAUUAAUGCGGCAGCCGAUGUAGGAAGUUUUUCACCGAUCAUACCUCAUUUUCCUGACUUACUAGAGGGCACAGCGACAGGGGAUAGGCUAGAUAUAUCAGGUAUUGGAGUAUCUACACCUCACGUAUCACACCUGCCACCCACACAUACAUUCAAUGAAAUAUUUUCCCCGAGUCCACAUCCGACAAGCUCGCAAUCCAGCACUGUGGAUUUUACUGCUCUUAGCGGCCUUGAUAAUAUCCAAUUUCAACUACCAUCUGGAACUGUAACAAACCUUGCAAAUAUGCCUGGGAGAAAACAAUCAGAGCAUCAUGAAGGAACCUGUGAGAUUUAUGUUGGUAAAAUUUGUGCCGAAUAUGUCGGCAACAAGUCUGUUUACAUCUCUCACAUGGUGCCACAAAAUAUGUUGGAGGAAAGACUAAUACAAGCAUUCACGGUCAUCAAUUAUUCAAAUGAGUUAUCAUCAACGUGUGAAAGGUAUGCAAAGCCAUCGCUAUGCUAUUCAGCCUUUCCCAUAUGUAGAGAGCAACGUAAGUCUCAGAAGCCCGAAAACUCUGAGGCAAGUACACAGCUGUUUAAUCUGCUGAAUUCCAACCAAGGGAACAUUCCCUCCUCGGAUGAUACUGACGGGGAGGAUAAUUUAAAUGAUUUUGCCAAAGCCAUACAUGGUCUGCAUAGAAAGAAGCGUAGAGCAACAUCUGGGUAUGGGUCAAACUUUGACUUUACAGUUGACAAGAACAGUAACUUACCUGAGAGAACGAUUGUUUCUCAGUCAGUGAACCAUGACACUAGAGCUGCGGGGCGUAAUCACUUGAAUCACAAGCUCCGAAGAAUUUGUAGAGAAGAAUGUGAAAUUUUGGAGAAUGAACUCUGCAGAAAAGAAUAUGCUAUUGCUAAAAGACAAAAAGUGAUAAGACAAGUACCUCUUUUGGAAUGUGCCGAUCUACCUCCAGAUGGUUCUCCAGAAGCCGCUGAUUGUCUGACCCUUGGUAUCUCAGCUGAAAAUAAUAUUCAAGAAAAUGAUCAUUGUUACUGGGGUACAGGAGAAUCUUAUAGAGGUACAGUAAAAUUUGCCAAAAGUGGAAGACCGUGUGUACUAUGGUCGGAUCAAUUGAACAUUGAAAUUUCUGAGUACCAAGAAUUAAGUGGGAGACAUUCGUACUGCCGAAAUCCUGGUAGCAAGGAAUCUCAACCCUGGUGUUACGUGGAUGGGGCAACAAGACUGAAAGUCGAGUAUUGCGUGAUCGCCAAGUGCGUUGAAAAUCUUUGGAUCUAUGCGAUAGUUGGUGUUGUCUUGACAGGUGGCUUUGUAAUAAUAUUAAUUUGUUACUGCUGCUGCUACAAAAGUCAAAAGUCAAGAAGACAACCAAAUCAUCUGCCGUCUAAUAAGAUGCUAACUGGAGUGCAAUGUGAUAAAAACAUUUACGAUGGUAGACGUAGUACGACUCAGCCAAUGGAAAUGAGUUCGCUACUUGCUGGGCCAGGAAACAUAACACCAGGAGCUGGAACUUUAAGUAGUGGAAGUAGCCGCACAUCCAACAACAGAGUGCCACAGUUUUCUAUCCACAACGUAGCAUUUCUUCAAGAACUUGGAGAAGGAGCAUUUGGAAAAGUAUAUAAGGGUGAAUUGCAGACCGGUAACAAAUCGGAGCCAACUAUAUACGUAGCUAUAAAAACUCUAAAAGAAAACGCUACCCCAAAGACGCAGAGUGAUUUUAAACGAGAAGUCGAUCUUAUGACAGACUUGAGACACCCAAACAUUAUUUGUCUUCUCGGUGUAAUAUUAAAAGGCGAACCAAUGUGUAUGCUCUUCGAGUAUAUGACACAGGGAGAUUUACACGAAUUUCUAAUUUGCCAUUCACCAAGAUCCGAUGUACCACUUAAUAACGGAAAUGGAAAGGUUUUGGAGCAGCCUGAAUUUCUCCGCAUAGCUUUGCAAAUAGCAUCCGGUAUGGAGUAUCUCGCGGGUCAUCAUUACGUACACCGCGAUUUAGCAGCUCGAAACUGUUUAGUUGGUGAAAACUUGACAGUGAAAAUCUCUGACUUUGGUCUAUCGAGAGACAUAUACAGCAGUGAUUACUACAGAGUACAAUCGAAGAGCCUGUUACCAGUAAGAUGGAUGCCACCGGAAUCUAUUCUUUAUGGUAAAUUCACAACAGAAUCAGAUGUCUGGAGCUACGGAGUAGUAUUAUGGGAAAUAUAUAGCUACGGCCUUCAGCCAUACUACGGUUACAAUAAUCAGGAGGUCAUAGACAUGAUAAGAUCACGACAGCUUCUUCCAUGCCCGGAAGAUUGUCCGACAAUGAUAUACAGUCUGAUGAUUGAGUGUUGGCACGAGGUCGCGAAUCGCAGACCACAAUUCCCCGAGAUUCAUCACAGAUUACAAAACUGGUACACAAAUCAAACGUACUUGAGUGACUUUUGCAACGAAUCGGUAACAAGUUAUUCUGGCAGUAGUCACAAAAGUACAAACAAGACGAAUUCCACACAACUGUCAGCUCCGAUCUACAAAUCCGAUUCAUUAAACAGAAAAGAUACAACAUCCACAUUCAAGUGCAAUCAAGAACCAUCGAUGUGCAACAUGAAUGACCACAAUGUGCCCAUAAAAAUGUUGUCUCCAGGUUAUCAUCACAAUACAAGUGCAACGAAUUGCAAUAAUCAGAACAAUCAAAGUCAAAGUGAAAACACUAAUAAUUCUCCUUUAAAAAUAAAUCCUCCGAGUUACCAAAACGCAAAUUCAAAUUUAAACCUAAACGAGUACAACGAGAAGCAGUGUUGCUCUCCAAAACUUAGUGGGGCAAAAAAAGUUCUACCUUCUAUACCACAGUCAAUGAUAAAGAACAGUCCUCCUAACGGAACUACAAGGCCCAUCCAGAACGGGGCUCAAUUAGUAGUCAGACUACCUGAUCCAAGUAAAGUUACGACAGAAACAAGAGUAUCUAAGUGAUUAUUAUAAUAUUUCUUCAUAUUCGGAUCUCGUUUGUUCAUUUUUUAGUUUUUUUUUUCUUUUUCAUAGGUUUUUAAAAGCCCUGCAGCUGAGUAUAGAGAAUUAGUAGUACAUUAUGCAACAAGUGAAUAAAGCUGCAGUUUAUUCCCGCGGACGACUGUACUGCCCGAGGGAAUGAUUAGCUUUAUUCCUGCGUUGCAUAUAGGACUUUAUUCCUGAAUCAACUGUAAAGACCACUUUUCAUCCCGCUAAUUUACUUUUCGUCCCGCAAAUUUACUCUUCUUCGUAAAAUGCGGGAGAAAAGUAUAGUAAGGAAUCAGAUUCAACUUUAGUCCUGCCUUCCAGGUCAAAAAUGUUGUCUUUACGGUUGAGUCGUGAAUAAAAUCAUUUUGAAUAUUAUUAAUUCGUUUCAUUUUGUUUCAUUCAAUUUCACUAUUGUCAAUAUUAUUAUCUAUGUGUAUAACGAAUAUAGUAUAUUAAUAUAAAUGUAUGCGUGUAUUAUAUAGAAUUUAGAAUCAAAGAAACAACAAUAUUAACUGUAAGGAAUUUUGAUAAAAACAGAAAAAAUAAGAUGAUGAAUUGAAACAUUACAAAAAUUGAUGAAACAAAUAUUAAGUAAUGAUAAGUGAUAUUAUCACGCAAUGAUAAUAAUUAAGCAGCUACAAAGUGCGAUAAUUUUUUAUAGUUUUUAUUGUAAGGAAAACUUGUAAGUGGUUGCAAAUGAGGAGAAAAAAUGGAUAACUUGAAAAAUGAGAGGGAGAGAGAGAUAAAGAAUCUCAAGGAAUUUGAUUCAAACUAAAUAUACUACAAUGAUUUUUAUGUACGUAUGAGUAUCUAGCUACAGGCAGGUAUGCAUAGAAAAAAGGUAUAUAUAAAUAUAUUAUAUUGUGAAUGAUAUAAAUAAAACGAGCGAAUGAUUAAUGGAGCGAUUGUUAGUAGUUGUUUAUAAGAUAAACUUUAUACGUUUAAUUUAGUCAUACGCGAAUAUUUAUAAUAUAAAAAAAAGGAAUUAAAUGUUUUUGUAAAAGAA